AGCCUUGUCUUCUCCAGAGCGUAAUUCUGUUCCGAGAGAAACUUUGGAAAGGCAAAACCGUCGCAUCGAGGUUUAUUACAAGGAAGUUACAGGUUCUUCAAAGUUGAAGAAGCAAAGUAAAUGGCGUUGACGAAUUUCAUAUUGACAGUAGCGGGUGUGAGUGCAGUAGUUCUUUUACUGAGGAGCGAUGUGAAACAAUCAGCUUCUAUAUUCAGGCGCAAUGUUAAACAUAUUCGUAAUUGGCUCGAAGAAGAAUCUUCUGCUGCCUCCAAGGCUGGGGAGAAGAUAAAGCCCAAGGAAUUGGAGUCGAAACUUCCGGAGAAAGACACCCCAAAGGAGAAGCACUAAUGUUUUGCGAUGGGCUGGUUGUUAUAUGAGAGUUUGUAGUCUUUUUCUUUUAACUUUUGUGACUUUUGAUGAUUUAUUGAGAAUAAGUCCUUAAUUAUGCUUGCACCAAACUUACUAAAAUUUGAUUUUAUUAUGGUGUAUUAAUAUUCUAAUAUGUAACUAUAAAAAAUAACCUAUACUUAUUUUAAGUUUUAUCUUUAUUUUGGCUUUA